UCAUACAAUUACGUAGUAAUAUUUUCAAUAGCACUAAUAGCUUUUAAUAAUGUUUUCAUAAUUUGAAAUAAAAACUUUGUUAUGUAACUUGAUAUUUAGGAGAUUUAUUUUAAAUAGGAUAAUAUUAUUGCAUAAAGAUCAAGGUAUUGAAUUGGCAACAAUAUUAACCAAAAAAUUGACAUGAACACGUGAUGAUUUCUUAAAAAAAUGGGAAAGGUGUAUUCUUAUAUGACACGGCCAAUUCGUUCAUUUAACAUUGAAAAUCGUACAGCACGUAUUCUUGAAAGGAAGAAACCAGUUCCUGCUCCUCAAUAUCCAUCCGUAGAAAAACAAAAAGAGCUAGUGGAUAAAUUAAAACCUGAUUUUAAAGAGACUAUGUUAAAAAAGGAUCCUGAAUUACAUGAUCGUUUAAAGAAUGUUUUUGUUCAGUCUAAAGACCCAGAGAUUACACCAACAUCACAUAGACCAUUACCACAGGAUAGGAGUCAUUAUUCCUUAGAUGAAAUUUCUAAAUCAAUUGUACCUAUUAGGGGUAAAUGUACUGUAAAUCAAAUAGUAGAAUUUAUAACUAAGCAUCAAGAAAAUAAAACGGAAUAUUCUAUAGAAAGAAUAUCUCAAGACUACAAAAUAGAUAAAAAAACAGUAGAUGGGAAAUGCUCCCUGAUUUCUGGUGCCGCGGGCGUCCAAGCGUCCCGAAGCACCGGCUAUCAUGUCGAGAAGAAGGUGAAACCGUUCCACCAUCAUGAGCAUCGUACAGAACGCGUUAGAUAUCAUUCUAUUUAUUUGCCAAUAGUACAAUCUCUACCUUAACGAUAUGCAAUAAUG